CGUGAGUUCCUGGUCCUGAAGCUCUUCCCCACCUGGCUCCUGCUGCCUGCCGAGAUGCUGAACAUCACCCUGGUGCCCUAUGGCAACGCCCAGGAGAGGAAUGUCAGUGGGAAGUGGAACUUCGAGUGCCAGCACGGCCCGGAGGAAUGCUUGGGCAACAUGAUUGAGGCCUGUCUGAUGCACGAGGCCAAGAACCUCAGCAGCUACUUCCCUGUCAUCUUCUGCCUGGAGUCAGGCAGCUCCGUCACCAAGAACCUGGAGGCUUGCCUGCAGAUCUAUGCCCCAGAGCUGGACAGGGGUCGCAUCGCUGCCUGUGUGCAGGGGGACACGGGCACUGCCCUGAUGCACCACAAUGCUCAGCUGACAGAGGCACUCGACCCUCCACACCAGUAUGUGCCCUGGAUCGUCAUCAAUGGGAAACACACGGACAAGCUGCAGGCACAGGCAGAGGCCUCACUGCUGGGACUGGUCUGCAGCCUCUACCAGGGGGAGAAGCCUGAAGCCUGUGGGGACUCAAGGGCCCCAGAGACCCCCAAGUCUGUCUGCAGGAGCUGA